ACUAAUUGGCGGUAAAGAAAACAUUUGCGCCUGGCGCGGGAAUUGAAAUUAUCAGAAAACAUAGCUUCAGUAACUGAUUUCUUUUACGAUAUUUAGAAAACACAGUAAUGUCUCGCAGAUUGAACUGUAUCGUUGCCGUUUGUCCUAAUAUGGGAAUAGGCAACGAUGGAAAUUUACCAUGGCAUCCGAAACGACUUAGUAAGGAAUUUAAACACUUCCAGAAGAUGACAAUGACGUCUAUGGGGGAAGGUAAGCAGAACGUCGUGAUUAUGGGUCGGAAGACGUGGUUCUCAAUUCCAGAACGGAACAGACCCCUGAAAAACAGAAUCAAUAUUGUUCUCAGCAGAGAGUUGAAAGAGGCCCCGGAAGGUGCCCACUACCUGGCCUCGGAUUUCAGCGCCGCGCUCCGCCUGCUGGACAGCACUGAGGUUGCAGAGCAGGUUGGCCAGGUGUGGGUCAUCGGCGGGAGCUCCCUGUACAAGGAAGCCAUGGAGGCCCCCUGCCCGCGCAGGCUGUUUGUGACUCGUGUGCAGGAGCAGUUCCACUGCGACACCUUCCUGCCCCAGUUCUCCCUGGAAAAAUACCGCCUGCUGCCCAGUUUCCCAGAAGUACCAGAAGGUGUACAAGAGGAAAAUGGGCUUCACUACCAUUUUGAGGUGUAUGAAAGCAUUAAAAACUAACCGCGCGGAUCGUCAAAAUCCCUGCCACACCGCUACACCUUCAGCUCAAGGCCACAGAAGAUGUAUUGAUGAAGGUAUAGUGUGGCUCAUGGCAGUUUGGUUGUACUUUAAUUAUGAUCUUUGUGUAAAAAACAUUCUUGUUUUAAUAAAAAAAAUCCAGUAAAUGAA